AUGGCUGAAUUUUACUGUAUAAAUAUUAAAAUUGGAAUACUCUUACUUAGUCUUUUGUGUACAUGCUCAUGCUCAAUAUCUCAAGAUAUUAUCAACAGGCAAUACGUUCGAUCUCUUCUCGAACAACCUGAAGUUUUACAACGUGAUCCUGAUAUAGAUUAUAAUAUCACAGAUAUAAUAAGACAAAAAGGCUAUCCAUGUGAAGAGCAUAAAGUGACAACGGAAGAUGGCUACAUUCUUGGAGUAUUUCGUAUACCGUAUGGUAAAAAUGGUUCUGCUACUCAACGAUUAGGACGACCUGUUUUAUUACAGCAUGGAUUAUUAGAUUCGGCUACAACAUGGGUAAUGAACUUUCCGGCACAAAGUCUGGGCUUCAUUCUUGCUGACCAGGGUUAUGAUGUAUGGCUUGGAAACAUGAGGGGCAAUUACUAUUCACGACAUCACGUCAAGUGGAAUCCUGAUAGAGAUGAAGAAUUUUGGGAUUUCUCAUAUGAUGAGAUGGCGAAAUUUGAUUUACCGAACAUGAUUCAAUAUAUUUUAUCGAAAACAAAUUAUACCCAACUAGCCUAUGUCGGUCAUUCUCAAGGCACAAUGAUUGCGUUUGCUGAAUUUGGACGAAAUAUGGAUUUGAAUAAGAAUGUUAGUUUCUAUGCAGCAUUAGCACCGGUCGCAGAAGUUGGUCAUAUAAAAUCUCCUAUUAGACAUCUGGCCGACUUAUCAAAAGACAUUGAAAAAUAUUGGCAUUUAUUAUUUGGAAGAAAUGAAUUUUUACCCUCGUCCGCCAUUGUAAAAUGGUUGGCAGUGUUUGCCUGUACUAAAGUUGUCGUUGAUCGUUUAAUGUGUGAAAAUAUUUUAUUUAUUCUUUGUGGGCCCGAUUCUCAUUAUAUGAAUCAUACACGUGUUCCAGUUUAUAUUGCACACGAACCCGAUGGCACGUCAGUAAAAAAUAUGAUCCAUUUCGCUCAAGGAGUUCAAGACAAACAAUUUCAAGCUUACGAUUAUGGAUCACCAGAUAAAAAUGAAUUACAUUAUAAUCAAACAACGCCACCAGUAUAUACAAUAACCAAUAUGAAAAUACCUACAGCUCUAUUUUGGAGUGGAGAAGAUUGGUUAGCUGAUCCCGAGGAUGUUAGCUAUAUUUUUGCUAAUAUUCAAAGCUUAGUUUACGAAAAAUAUAUUCCAGAUUACAAUCAUUUGGAUUUCGUUUGGGCCAUAAAUGCCAAUGAUUAUAUUUACAAGGAUUUAAUCAAUAUUAUGAAAGAAUUCCAUCCACCAAAUUAA